GGGGCCGGUCCGCGACGACUCCCCGGACGGCGUUUCUCCUCCGAGCGGCGCCGGGUUCGGCUUUGGGGGGGGCGGGGGUACAGCCCAUCCAUGACCAUGGGCGACAAGAAGAGCCCGACCAGGCCAAAAAGACAAGCAAAACCUGCCGCAGACGAAGGCUUUUGGGAUUGUAGUGUCUGCACCUUCAGAAACAGCGCCGAAGCCUUCAAAUGCAGCAUCUGCGAUGUGAGGAAAGGCACCUCCACCAGAAAACCCCGGAUCAACUCCCAGCUGGUGGCACAGCAAGUGGCACAGCAGUACGCCACCCCCCCGCCCCCGAAGAAGGAGAAGAAGGAGAAGGUGGAGAAGCAAGACAAAGAGAAGCCGGAGAAAGACAAGGAGAUUAGUCCUAGUGUUACCAAGAAGAACACCAACAAGAAAACAAAACCAAAGUCUGAUAUUCUGAAAGAUCCUCCUAGUGAAGCAAACAGUAUACAGUCUGCAAAUGCUACAACAAAGACCAGUGAAACGAAUCACACCUCAAGGCCCCGGCUGAAAAAUGUGGACAGGAGCACUGCACAGCAGUUGGCAGUAACUGUGGGCAACGUCACCGUCAUUAUCACAGACUUUAAGGAAAAGACUCGCUCCUCCUCGACGUCCUCAUCCACAGUGACCUCCAGUGCAGGGUCAGAACAGCAGAACCAGAGCAGCUCAGGCUCAGAGAGCACAGACAAGGGCUCCUCCCGUUCCUCCACGCCAAAGGGCGACAUGUCAGCAGUGAAUGAUGAAUCUUUCUGAAAUUGCACAUGGAAUUGUGAAAACUAUGAAUCAGGGUAUGAAAUUCACAUCCUCCACCUGCCCAUGCCGCUUGCAUCCCUGGAGAAUCUUCUGUGGACAUCGACCUCUUAGUGAUGCUGCCAGGAUGAUUUCUGCUUGCCAUGGGCAUCUGGCCACCAAGGAAUUUCGCACCCUGACGAUUACUCUUGACACUUUUAUGUAUUCCAUUGUUUUAUAUGAUUUUCCUAACAAUCAUUUAUAAUUGGAUGUGCUCCUGAAUCUACUUUUUAUAAAAAAAAAAUCUGCUGUGCACAAUUUUCCAUGUACAUUACAACUGGUUUUUUGUUUUUGUUUUGUUGGGGAGGGGGCGGGCUGGGAGGGGGAGGGAACUUUUAUUUAUUGUGUUCACAGACUCCAUCCUUUCAGCAUAUCCUUUUAAGUUUAGUUCUUUCUUCCAGUUAUACUAUGUACUAUCAGUUUUGAUAUAACUAUAUAUAUAUAUAAAUAUAAAAUUAUAUAUAAAGGGUUAUUUGAAACCAAUCCAUGGCAACGCUGGUGCUUGAUACACUGUGAAGUGAAUACAACAUUGAACAGUCACAGAUCUGGGACAGUCCCUUCUAUGAAAGUGCUGAAAUUAAAUUAAAAUCAGUCUUAUGUGAAGUAUGUUCCAGCCCACAUGGGAACUUGACUCUCAUCUGUCUAAAGAGUACUGGACGAUAGAAAAAUAUAUAUUUUUUAAGCAAUGUGAGCUCACAUUUAAAGACUGCUCCAGAUAGCCUGCAUUUGCGGUGGAAUAACUGACAAAUCACAAGCGGUUUAGUUGGGAGGGCUUUGAUCGUUCAGAAGUAACUAAACUAGCUCCAGAAUGCCAAGUAUUCAUGUAAAUUACGGUUACAUGUUAACAUUGCUGUUCUCACAUAAGCACUCAUGAAAAUACGGUAUUCUGUAACUCGAAUUCCAUCCAUUUUCCAGACCUCUCCUCAUGUCUGAGGUAAAUCUGUAAAGUGUCUCUUAGUUUUAGGAUUAAAACCGUCGAAACUAUUUUUGGUCCAUCCAAGAAGCAAACCCCUGUGUCCACUUUGCACGUAACAUCGCAGCGGUGGUUUGUGUGAUCGUUUGAGAUUUGUUUGCCUCAUGUCUCCUCGUUUCCCUUACCCUACCAACUCAGUCGCAAAAUGUCUUUCUCUUAAAAUCUAGCCUUGUUUGUUUGACUGCACAAAGGUUAUCAACCACACAGCCAGUCCCAACAUGGAGCUUGUCAGUGUCUGGAGACAUUUCCCAAGUCCCCGCUGUGGGAAGGACCUCAGUGGUGAGCGGUUGAAGCGCUGGCAGCCAGGGCUGCAGGGGAAGCUCCUGCUUCCUGAGAAUGUGUGAUCUCUUUCUCCCUCGACAUAAAGACAGCUUGAGUCAACUCUUAAAAAAAAAACAAAACAAAACUUUUUUUCACUUUUUUUUUUUAAACUGUCUUGCAAAAACAAUUAAAAAAAAACAGGAAAAAGAAAAGGACCACUGAUACGAAUCCACCCCUCCUCAUUUUUGAAAUGUUUUAUUUUGUCUUACUUUGUUUGGUUUAGGGUCUGUUGUGUUUGACUUUUACAUUCAUUCGCUGAAUUCAUAGACGUUAGAGUCAUUUCAAGCAUGGGAACUUGAUGUCACCUUCCUUUAUCUGACCAUACUGUCUAGGGACUUUCUCGGGAGGGCGGCAGGUUGGUAAUGAAACACCACAUUUUGGUGUGAAAAACCUGGUUUGCUUAAGAAUAGAAGUAACUUCUGUCUGUGGAGGCAACGAGUAAAAAGAACAAUUAACAGCUUGAUUUGAGUAGCCAACAGGAAAGGCUCCUUUCACAUUUACAUUAAAACUAUUCUGUAGUCACUAAUGUACCAUCAUUUAAAUUCUGUUCUCAAAGGUGUAGAUGAUAAAGCAGUGCCAUUUGUUGCUGUGGUCCUACUCUCAAAUGCACAGACAAUGUUCCCCCCUUUUAAAAAUACCGCUUGUAUCUGGGAUGCAAGCUGUGCUUACCUUUUUAAAUACAUUUUUAAAGUAUUUAUUAAUGAACCAAAGGAAAUCAGAUGCUUUCUGUAAGCAUCAGGCUAUAUAAUACAUAGUGAUUUGACUAUGACUUUUAAAUCCACAUUUUAAUAUUAGUGGGGUAUUGCAAAGACAUUCCUUCUAAAGUUUUAAUAUUCCUUUUAUUAAGGGUCUCAGGGAGGGUAAAUUAGUCAGCCAUAUUUAUUUUCCAGAGAUGUAAGGAAUUGCUAAGUUUUUUAAUUAACUUUUUAAAAAAAAAACUUAAAAUGCCACCAAACUCAUGGGUUGCACUGCUUUUGGAACCAAUAAGUGUUGGUAUGCACUUUGUUCAGAAACACUGUGUACUUUUUCAAAAUUAGUUUCAUGUAAAGUGAUUGGACCCCUAGAUUAGUGGAAAAAGCUGAUUAACCAGCUACUCAUAGGCUGCUAAUUAAUUCAUUGCCAGUGUCUUGGUUUUUCAGUUUUGCCUCCAUGAUAAAUUCAAGAAUAAAUUAAAGGUUGGGGAAGGGUGAAGGAAGGGAGGAUUGCUUUAGAACAGGUGAGAUGACGAAAUUGCCAUUUUGCUAGAAACUGCAGCUCACAGUGGGACUUCUCAGCAAUCGGAUGGUAUUGGGCCCGUUUUUCAGCUGCUGUUGUGAAUUCUUUUACGGUAGGUGAUAGGGACUUAAGGCUUAAUUUCUGAAAUUGAUGACAUCCCUCAGGCAUGUAUUCUGGAAAUGGAAUUCCUGUAACUCCUGCGUUUGCAGUUUGCCCUGCAAUUAGUAGGCAGCGCGUAAAACACUAGUGUAGAUGAUAAAGGUGUACGUUAAAAGAGGACCAGAAAUACUUGGUAUUCGGCGGCACAGUAAGCAGGUUAUGAAAACAAAACAAAAAAAAAAGCACAGUGUUAACACUUGCAAGUUUCCAUUUGUUUUAAUACCACAGGAUCUUUUCGAUCUUUCACACUCGUGCGUGCGCACACACAGAGCUUAACUGACCUGCCCUGCUUGAGUCAUGCAGUUGGGAAAGGGAAAAAAAAAAAAAAGGAAA